ACUACGUGGCAUUCGAUCCGCCGUAUAGGACGCAAGAUGAGCGCGAUGAUGCAGCAGCAGGUGGACGAGGUCAAGCGGCUCUGGGCCAACAAGCGGCAGCUGGCCCACCAGGGCCUGAACCUGGCCAUGGUGGUGCUCACGGCGCUCAUGAUCUGGAAGGGGCUCAUGGUCUACACGCAGAGCGAGUCGCCCGUCGUCGUGGUGCUCAGCGGCAGCAUGGAGCCGGCCUUCCAGCGCGGCGAUAUCCUGUACCUGGACAACACGAAGCCACAGCUCGAGAUCGGAGACAUCGUCGUGUACAAGGUCAAGGGCCGAGACAUCCCCAUCGUGCAUCGAGUGCUGGAGCUGCACGAGCGGGCCACGGACGGGAACCAAGUGUACCUCACCAAGGGCGACAACAACAACGUGGACGACCGUGGCCUCUACGCGUACGGCCAGUCGUGGCUCGAGCGCGAGGACAUCGUGGGCGUCGCCAGGGCAUCCGUCCCUUACGCUGGCAUGCUGACUAUUUUGCUGAACGACUACCCGAUGCUCAAGUACCUGCUGGUAGGCGGAAUGGCCGUGCUGGUCUUCACGCAGAGAGAAUAGUCUCGAGAGCUGGUGCAAGCUUUAGGGGUCCUUCGAAGAGGACGCUUUACUCAGUACUUCUCACAUAACAAACACUGCUAGUCG